AUGUGGGAAGCGAAUCCGGAGAUGUUUCACAAAGCGGAAGAAUUCUUAUCCAAGACGACAGACAGCGAGGUGGAUGAGAUGGACACGUCAGACACACAGUGGGGCUGGUUUUACUUGGCGGAGUGCGGCAAGUGGCACAUGUUUCAGCCGGAUACCAACAUUCAGUGUUCAGUUAGCAGUGAAGAUAUCGAAAAAAGCUUCAAAGCAAACCCUUGUGGCUCCAUUUCUUUUACCACUUCCAAAUUCAGCUACAAGAUAGACUUUGCAGAAAUGAAGCAGAUGAACCUCACCACGGGAAAGCAGCGCUUAAUAAAAAGAGCCCCCUUUUCCAUCAGUGCUUUCAGUUACAUCUGUGAAAAUGAGGCCAUCCCCAUGCCGCAGCACUGGGAGAAUGUGAACACCGAGCUGCCCUACCAGCUUAUUCCUCUGCACCCUCAGACACACGAAUACAAUGAAGUCGCUAGUCUCUUUGGGAAAACAAUGGACCGCAACAGAAUUAAAAGGAUUCAGAGAAUUCAAAACCUAGACUUGUGGGAGUUCUUCUGCAGGAAAAAGGCUCAGCUCAAGAAAAAGAGAGGCGUGCCUCAGAUUAAUGAACAAAUGCUGUUCCAUGGCACCAGCAGUGAGUUCGUGGAGGCAAUUUGCAUUCAUAACUUUGACUGGAGAAUCAAUGGCAUCCACGGUGCUCUCUUUGGAAAAGGAACCUAUUUUGCUCGAGACGCUGCUUACUCCAGCCGCUUCUGCCAAGAUGACGUAAAGCACGGCAACACAUUCCAGAUCCACGGGGUCAGCCUGCAACAGCGGCAUCUGUUCCGAGCACACAAAUCCAUGUUUCUCGCCCGAGUGCUGAUUGGAGACUACAUAAACGGAGACUCCAAAUACAUGCGCCCUCCCUCCAAAGACGGCAGCUAUGUAAACUUGUAUGACAGCUGCGUGGAUGACACCUGGAAUCCCAGGGUCUUUGUGGUGUUCGACGCCAACCAGAUCUACCCCGAGUACCUGAUAGACUUUCACUGA